AUGCUUAAUAUCUUUAAUUUGAUCUGUAUUAAUUCUGCCCUUUAUUCGAGUAUUUUUUUCUUCGCAAAAUUGCCAGAAGCCUAUGCUUUUUUGAAUCCAAUUGUAGAUGUUAUGCCAGUCAUACCUUUGUUUUUUUUUCUCUUAGCCUUUGUUUGGCAAGCUGCCGUAAGUUUUCGAUAA